GACAGUUUCCCUUGUUGAUGGCACUUCUGAGGUGCAAUUUGGUAAGAACCGUUCAACGGCCCUCCCUGCUUUGUCUCGCCGAGGCCUCCAGUGCUGUCCAGGACACAAAAACGAUGCUCGGAACUCGCCCACGGCCGUAGUCUCAAUUCCUAUUGUCACUGCCUGUCCAAUGGCAGACACAGCACCGCAAAUCGCUGGAGCGCCCGGAAACUUCUUUUGUCCUGUCUCAAGGCUUCGGCUCCCAGAUAGCUCUUCAAGCGGUCACACAUCCCGAUAUGCAGUCAUCACAGUCCCUGUGGCACGGGAGCUGUCUAGUUUGAGCCAUAAAUGAGGUUUCCACCGCGAUUGCGAUGUCAACGAGGCCCACACGGGCCCCAUCUACGGGCAUGCCCUCCACCCUCAGGCGAUCUCGUCGCCGCGAGCUGACACUUACCCGCUCGUCCACGAAUGCCAUCCGAGACAAGGUCUAUCCUGAGCAUCGUCCUUGCAUCGAUCAUGGCAGAUCACGUCUUACAGAUCGCACUAAUGUGCGCUCUUACGCCUCGUCGGUCACGAUACCACAGGGUGUGAGCUCCUCGGCGUUGGACUCACGUCCAUCUAUGACUUCCUCUCUCUAUCGCAGCCCAAAUCCCACCAUGCCCGUUCAUCCCGUUCACAGAUUGCCUCCUGAAUUGCUCGUGCACGUUUUCAUGCUGGGUUCAUCCGACGAUGUAAUGUUCCCCGUCCUCGUGUCUCAUGUAUGCCACUCGUGGAGGGCUGUCGCGCUCCACGCACAAACACUCUGGAGACGUAUCACGCUCACUCGACGCUCCGAUUUGGCCAUGUGGCAAGAACGUCUUCGGCGCGCUCGAUCGUGCACGCUAGAUAUCGUAAUCACUUCUUCACCUCUUAGUUCUGCUGUAUCGCUCGACAUCGAUACUGUAGCACUCCAGAUGCACAUGCUCGUACCUCACCUCGCACGUACGCGAUCGAUCGAUAUAUCAUUCGACGGGUGUAUGCCUUAUUUGUGGAAUACCGCUCUUGGACCGCUGUGCCCUCGGAGUCCAGCCAUCUGGGACCCUGAACCGCCACCGGCAUCCCGUGAUGCAAAUUCUAGAGGGGCGGUUACCAUAUCCGUUCCUCGACUAGAAUCACUCAGUCUCCGAUACCCCGGAAAUGACGAUACGAAGGAGUUUACCCUUUUCGGCGGGUUCUCUCCGAGACUCACCAGGUUGACGGUUCAGGGUGUACGAUUGACGUGGCUCUCUGGGUUGUUUGGUAACCUCCGGUAUUUGGAUUACACUCAUCACGGGUUCACCUCUGGGAAGAAGGCGGUCAACGAGCUGCUGUCAAUGCUUCAAGUGUCCAGUCAGCUUCGGGAAUUAAAGCUUUCUUUCGCAGCUAAGGUGACGAUGAUAGAAAGAGAAGUACUGUAUAUUGGAGGGGGAUCACCGAUUGGUGAUGGAGAUGUUGUGACUUUGCCCCACCUCGAGUCUUUUACGCUCGGCAUCGAGGGCCCAAGCGCACAAGUGCCAACUGAACUCACCUCUGUUGCUUCUCACUUAUCGCUUCCAAGGCUGAAGAAGCUUUAUUUGUACGAUGGACCAGAUCAUGCGGAUCGUAUUUCCCACCGUCGUAGUCGCCGCAAUACAGUACCGUAUUUCGAUGUCUUUUCUGGACAGGUAUGCUGGAUGCCUUUGACGGAUAUUGUUGUCGAAGGGAGGUGGGCAGAUGUACCCCUAAUCUUUGGGCUUGGAAGAUCACCUUACUUUUGCGAGGACCCUCGUGGUGUAUGAUAACUCGAUGGGGCUACUGGGCGAAGAGUAAUCGAAAGUAGUCCUGGAAGAACUCUGUAUUAUAUUCCCUAGUGUAAUCCCCCAUUUGGUGUAUAUACUUGCCAUCUAAUGUUUGUAAUCCCAGAAAUAGAGACGAAGAGACCAAUCGAUGUCCCGGCCCGGACGGAUCAGAUCCC